AUGAGAUGGGUCCCAGAGCAGGGAGAGCUCAGCUGCAGUGUGCCGUACCACACCAGCACUGGACGCUUUUCCACUCUUUCUCGGCUUCUCGGCGUGAGAGGAGCAGCAGCCUUGGAGAAGCCCCAGCAUGUGUCCCUCGCGGAGCUCAGCCCAGUGCAAGGUGACCACUCCGGGAUCAUCCAUUAUCCUGUCAAAGCAGCAGCUCCACCUUCGUUUGCUCUUCUCCCACAAGACCACGAUAAUGAAGCAGCGGUAAUCAGCGCCGUCAUCUCGUCAUGCUCAAGACGUGGGCCAGACCGCAGAGGCCAGACCGCUGAGGCCAGGCCUCUCUCCUCCACAAGAGGUCGUUCAUGUUCUAUGUGGCGCCUCUCGCUCCACUCCAGCCCGGAGCCUGCUGUGUGGAUCUUCGCUAACAUUGCUAUUACAGUAUAG